AUGGAGUUGUGUGAAACUGCUUGUGGAGACCUUGGUGAUUCAGAACGCUUGUUGCUGAAACUGUACACCAAGAAGCCAGUAGUCAUCAGAUUUUCUUCGAAAGAAUCUUUAUCUCAAUCUUUUCAAAGGUUAAAAGUAUUCUUGGCAUCUGCUAUCUUUAUUCAUGAUACUCUGUGCUUAUCAGCUAAUUCAACCAAGCACCAGUUAUCUGCGGUUUUCCAGUCUCUUCGGAAAUUGCGGAACGAAGUGAACAUAAUACCUCUUUUAGUAUUCUUCAGUCUUGAUAAUAACUCCUGUGAUUAUACACCAACUUUAGAGGUAUCUCGUUCUACCAGUGAUUACUCUCAUUAUAUAAAAAUUGACUUCAUUUGUGAAGUGAAUCAAAAUGAGAUGUUUCAUAAUGCACUUUGUGCGAAAUUAUCUUCGUUUCUCGAUAGCUACCAUCAAGCUAUUUUGUUCCUUUGGAGCGAACUGAAGUCUCCUCCUAAAAUGCUAGCAUCCUAUCACUAUUCGAUUAGUUCAGCUAUGUACAGAAUGUAUCUACCUUGGGAUAUCGAAGAAUCACACGAGAAAAUUUGGCGUACUGCUGCCCAUGAAAAGUACGGUUUCUCGCUUGACACUCCUCUGUUUCGACGAGGCCAAGCUCUUCAUCCGGUUCCUAGGCUAUUUGAAUGGCUUGGUCCAUCUUCUGAUCUCCUUGUUUCUCCACAUGAAGUUGUUAAACAUUCUCCUAAUUUGGGCACAACUUACCUUGUCAACGGUCGCUAUACUUACAAACAUUACCUACAGGAUGAUAUAGAUGACAAAAACUGGGGCUGUGCAUAUCGGUCACUGCAAACUCUAAUAUCAUGGCUUAUGUGGCAAGGUGAAAUUACUCCAGGUCCACUACCUUCUCUCAAAGAUAUUCAAAACUCCCUUGUUCGUUUUGGAGACAAACCAAAAAAUUUUGUUGGCAGUGGCCAGUGGAUUGGUUCUCUUGAGGUUAGCUACUGUUUACAAGAGUUAUACAACAUACAGUGUCGCCUGUUACAUAUUCCACAGGGAUCGCAAAUGACUCAGCUAGCAGCACCUGCUCUUGCACAACACUUCACUUCCGGUGGGGGUCCAGUCAUGGUAGGUGGUGGUCAACUGGCUCAUACCAUUAUCGGUGUCCAGUUAUGUGAAUCAACACCAAACAGUACUGAGACUUCAUCGUGUCGUUAUUUAAUACUUGAUCCUCACUAUACUGGUCCAUUUGGAAACAUUAAAAUUAUUACAGAAAAAGGUUGGUGUGGUUGGAAACCACAAAGUUUCUGGAAGCCGAAUGUUCAUUAUAAUCUUUGCUUUUUACCGCCAAUCAGAAAGAAUUGUGUAUAA